CGCGAGAUUAUCGUUAGAGGACACAGUUGGUUGUAACAUGUGUGACCGCGUUUAUCAAUUUUCGCUUUAACUGUGGUCUUUUUUUAUUUUAUUUUAUUUUCCAGAUUUCUUCGCAAACUUUUACAAAUAUAAUUAUUGGUAGCUGUUUAAAAGCUUUGCCUCAGAAAAUUAUCCUGAGACAAUUCGUAUGAAACUUAUUAGCUAAAGGAUCAGCUAGCAUCUCCUAGCUGCAGAUACUUUUGUUAAAUUGCUGUUUUGCAUGACAUGUUUAAAGUCCGACUGCUGCUGAGUUUAGCUAAGUACCAACAAACGCCAAAGAAAAACGGUUGCCUUUUUAAAGUCUUGUCCACUCUGAGUCCUGAAUCCACAGCUGAUCAGCUGCUAAAACGGCCACAUGAGGAGAAUAAAGAUGAGGAUUCUGUUGAGAGAGCCACCAAAAGACUAAGAACAGACGAAGAACACGCUGAAGAUGGCAAAAGAUAUCCUAAAAAGAAAGUGGCUCUGCUUCUGGCAUACUCAGGGAAGGGGUAUUAUGGCAUGCAGAGGAAUUACCGAAACUCCCAGUUUAUCACCAUUGAAGAUGAUCUGGUCACUGCUCUUAUAAAAUCUGGAUGCAUCCCUGAAGAUUAUGGUGAUGAGAUGAAGAAGAUGUCUUUCCAAAGAUGUGCCAGGACAGAUAAAAGUGUUUCUGCUGCUGGUCAACUGGUUUCUCUGAAGCUGCGGUUGAUCGAGGACGUAAUCGAAAAAAUCAAUAAUCAUUUGCCACCACAGAUCAGGGCGCUCGGGCUUAAACGAGUGACCAAGGGUUUCAAUUCCAAAAACUUAUGUGACGCUCGUACAUAUUCCUACAUGCUUCCAACUGUGGCCUUUGGACAAUGCAGAUGAAGGGAACGACUCUGAUUAGAUCACUACAGAGAGAUGCAUUUUGUUUAAAAAUAUCUCUUAUGUUGACUGUAAUUUUUCAGUUUUUCAAUUUUGUAG